AUGGGAAACAUAAUGUCGGUGUCUUUCGCCCCUGAAUGCACUGAUGCAAAACUAGAAUACGACGAAUGCUUCAAUAAAUGGUACACUGAUAAAUUCUUGCAGGGAAAGUCUAUUCAAAACGAGUGCACCGAGCUUUGGGAGAACUACAUUACCUGUGUCAAUACUGCCCUAGCUACUCACAACAUUAAGCCCAUGUUAGACAAGGCUCAGAAAGAGAAUCCUUUCAAGGACGGAAAGAUUGACGAAAGUAAAAAAUAG